CUCCGCUCCCUCCCUCUAACCUUUCUUUCGGACGAACGAUCGUCUUUCUUGCCGGGAAAAUGUCAUUUGCAGGAAUAUCUAGCGGCACAACCGGUGGUGCCACACCCGAAUCUCAGCUCUAUUUCUGCCAUCAGUGCAACCAUACCGUCUCGAUAAGGCCAUCUACCACCUCCGACCUUGUCUGCCCAGACUGCAACGGUGGUUUCCUCGAAGAAUAUGAAAACCCUAUCCCUCCCCCUAAUCCCUUUUUCACCUACUCCGACAGCUUUUCUAGUGGUGGCGCCGCUUUCCCUUCCCUUGCCGCUGGGCUUGCCGGUCUCCCCUUCCUCCUCUCCAGUUCCAGCACCAUGGAAGUCCCCCCCGAUUUCUCCGCCCUCUUCGGUCCUGAAAUCCGUCAGCGAUCGACGACGACGAUGCAAGACCCAGACGUCUUCAAUCCCUUUCUCUUUCUCCAGAAUUACCUCCAAUCUCUGCGUGCAGGUGGUGCCAACAUCCAAUUUGUCAUUGAAAACAACCCUUCGGAUUCUAGUGGUUUCCGGCUUCCGGCGAAUCUUGGUGAUUACUUCAUCGGUCCCGGCCUCGAGCAAUUGAUCCAGCAGCUCGCGGAGAACGAUCCAAACCGCUAUGGCACGCCUCCCGCGUCAAAAUCUGCCAUCGAAGCUCUACCGAACAUUAAGAUUUCAGAGGAAUUGCUGGCUUCCGAUUCAUCCCAGUGUGCGGUUUGCAAGGACACGUUUGAGCUCGGCAUGGUGGCGAAACAGAUGCCUUGUAAGCACAUUUAUCAUUCUGAUUGUAUUCUUCCAUGGCUUGAGCUGCAUAAUUCUUGCCCUGUUUGUCGAUAUGAGCUGCCAACGGAUGAUCCCGAUUACGAGCAACGAACUCGGGAGACGAGACCUGGGAAUUCGACUGCGGGUUCUGGGUUGGCGGAUUCUGGUAGUGGCAGAGCAGGAACUCAGGAGAAUAACCCUUCGCCCAGAACGGCACAACGGAGGUUUAGCAUUUCGUUGCCAUCACUAUUUAGGUCAUUUGGUGGGCAAGCAGAGACGAGCAACAGCAGGGAUGGUGGUAACAAUGGCAACGAAUCGAAUACAGGAAGUCGGGGGAGUCGACACUUUGGGUCUGAGACCAGGCAAGAGGACUUGGAUUAAGAGUUGUAGCUCGAUGCCUCUUAUCUCAGAAUUGAGAAAGAAUUUUAUUUCAUGAUAGUCUGGACAUCUAAAUCCCCAAAGGAUUCAGAUGUGUAAUCAUGUAUGGACAAAUCAUAUGCAUAGAAGAGUGGUGCUGUUACAUUUGAAGAUUAGAUCAUAAUAGGUACUGCCUUUUUAUAUUUCAUCUGAAAAGAGUCAUUUGUAAUUUCAUCAAUCCAGAGAAUUGGAGCUCCCAUUAAUUUGCAUUUUUUGUAAAAUUCCUCCAGAGAGCCAUUUCAU